UGCGCCCGCACGUUUUCGAUAGUCCUGUUUCUCUGCUCUUUUGCGUAUAUGCCUUCCUCCGGCCGAGUCGCGAACAGUGUCGACCGUUUUAGACGCGUAUCCCCGAGAUGUUUGCUGUUCGCCGUGUGAUUAUCUAGUCGCGUUACUCGAAUGAAGAUAGAGGCGCGCUAACUGAUCGAGCUCACAAUAAAAAAGGGUCCUUUGUGCGCGAGACGAAGGCGCACAAAUGGCGAUCACCGCCGUGACCAACUGUCUGGGUCCCCCGCCCUUGCCGCCCGGCAAGCGAUUUCUGCAAAAGUCGUCGAAAAAGCUGUCGUCCACUUAUACGAGUUUCCGCGACCCCGCCGUAGAGGCCUGGCUUCCUCGCGGGAUCCUCGAGAAUCCAACGGGAAAGAAAGUGCGCGAAUCAACGAUCACCACCAAGCAAGGUUUAUUCAAAAGUUGCUCCGAGGGUAAUCUAUGCGAAACACGCUACGUUACGUCUCUGGACAAGUGCAUCAGGGCGAUUUAUGGCAGCUGGAAAAAUCUCUUGCAUCUUGGCGGUAUGAGCCGGCCGUCCAAAGCCGUGACCCAAGCGAAGAAAGUAGCACCACCGGCUGUACCAGACGUGUUUCGACACUCUGGCUCCUCUUUCGGCUCGGCUGGAUAUGCUAGCAGCGAGGAUAGCUGCUUCCUCUCCGGAAGCGGCCCCGGAGGUACGACGGACGAUGGUUCCUACGGGAUGCCAUCUGGAAAAAGUCCGGGACCUAUUUUUACCCAUCCUGGCUUCGCCUUCCCGCCGGUCGUCGGCAAAUACGCCCACGCCGAAGACCAAGGUAUCGACAUGACCCAGAGUCCCGGAAGAGACAGUCCUGGCAGUUCGGGCUCGGGUUCCGGUUCUAGACAUUCUACGGCGUCGUUGGAUUCCGGAAGAGCGUCCGGAUAUCAUCUGGGACCAAGAGGACCCGGUGCUCUCGCCUCGUCUCCCAGAUGUUCCAUUAGUUCUCUCGGGAGUCAUCCCGAUCGACCGGCGGAUCUCGACGUUGUUCAUGCUUGGUUAACUGAGCUCCAAUUCGAGGAGUACUUUCCUUUGUUCGCUUCCGCAGGUUACGACCUUGCUACUAUAACGCGCAUGACACCGGAGGAUCUCACGGCUAUAGGUAUUACGAAACCCAAUCACAGAAAACGAUUGAAAGCGGAGAUAGACAAUUUGAACAUAGGAGAUGGACUGCCGGAACAUGUACCCGGCUCGCUGGAAGAAUGGUUGAGGCUUCUCAGGCUCGAGGAAUAUCUCGGCGCUCUUCAUCAACAGGGUAUGCGAUCCGUCGAGGACGUGACAACUAUUACUUGGGAAGAUCUCGAAGACAUCGGUAUCGUACGUCUAGGACAUCAAAAGAAAUUAUUAUUGGCAAUUAAAAGAGUUAAGGAUAUUCGCGCUGGCAAGCGUAUACAGCCGCUUGAUCUAGCACGCCUGCCGCCGCAUCCUGGUCAUACGCAGGACGUUGUUAUUCAACGUGGCGGGCCUGAUUUACCGUCGCCGGACGAGGAUUGCUCCUCGCCUGUGCUCAGAUCUUUCCAAAGAGGUGACAGCGCUUCCGGUGCUGCUUGGAGAAGUAUGUACGCCGCGCUUCCAGCCGAUUAUAAUACGGUCGGUCGUACCGGCUCCCGGGGAAAAUCUUUGGAAAGCCUGGAAGACGCUCCUCUCGGUUAUCCUCCGUCACCGGCACCGCCCUCCUCCCAUCCGCAGCUCCUCGAUUGGCGUCCACGCAGUUUCGAGGACGGCGAUCUUACGCCUACGAACGACGCUUCUUCGGUGGAUACUGGUGGCGGCGGCGGUACUCUUCCACGACCGAGACAUUGCCUUGUUCGUCCGCGGCCUGUAGCUAAGGUCACUGCGACACCGGGCCAAUUCAAGUCCUUGCCGAGAGACUUUGACAACAAAUAUCAGUUAACUUACGGGCUCGAGAGUAGUCCGCACCUUCCGAAACGGUGUCCUCCGUCGCCACCGAGGCGACAAAGUUCCAGGGACGCGACCAGUUCUUCCGUGGUACCGCCAUCACCUGGGCCGACAGUUGGCGACGUUGUGAUAGAUUGCAGCGGUCCGGUGCCGACUGCUUCGUGCGAUGAUCAUCACAUUCACCAUCAUCAUCAGCAUCACCAUUUGCUUCAUCAUCCGCCGCCGCCGCCACCGGCACCCACGCCAGCACCUUCCACACCGUCGCAACUAAAUCGACCGCCUUCCUCUAUGUCACGCUCCUGGGGUAGCGUCAGUGUUAACGUUAAUGAGGAACACGAGCUGAUCGCUUCUCUCGCUUUGCAGCAUCGUAAUGGAUCGGACGCCAGUUUCAAGUCAAGUUCCAGUACAGAAUCUGACUCAUUGCCCUUUGCUAAUGAGAAUGCCGGCACGAUAAAGCAAAGGGCUGGUCGAGCGCAAGAGUACGUACCAGCUGGGCCGAACAGUGCAACAGGCGGCCACGUAGUCAAUCAUCAUUCCAGUGGGAGUGAACCCGCGGACGUUUUGAACGAUAUCGGUAAUAUGCUUGCCAAUCUCACGGAUGAACUGGACGCGAUGCUCGAAGAGGAAAAACGCCAAGGCCUGAACUCAUAAUCGUCACUGCCUUCGUUUGCACUUUUUUAAUUGACUAAAGUUGCCAUAAAGAACACAAAUCUAAUGACUCUUGUGGUCCCUGGUGGUACUUGGGAUAAAAAUUCGAUUAGUGCGGCGUACACAUAGAGAGAGAGAGAGAGAGAGAGAGAGAGAGAGUCGUGAACGUAAUUCAAAAACGUUUCAAACGGAAUCCUAAACAAGGUGCCCGAUAGAUUCUUAACGAUCCUAUAAGAACUUCCAAGACGGAGAUAUAUACCGACACACCGCACACUCGUUACGUUUUUCUUCGUACAGGAGAAAAACAAUGCCAUGAUUAACAUGUUGUAACGCUCUAAUGGAUUUCUGUUUUGUAUUGUACAGAGAUUAUAAAGAACGUAUUUUCGCGCCUUUUAUACUUUGUUUCGAUCGCUUUGCAUCUCUCUAUUCACCGGGAGAGGAAAGCGAGAGCUUUAUCAUUGUAUGGAAACAUACAAUAUUAGGAAAGAAAUAUUAAACGUUAGAUUUUCCGUAAGGUUUUCGACGCCUACAACAGUAGCGUUGCGCAAUUCUCGUUUUUUUUUUCUAUUUCUUUCAAAAUAGUCUUAGUUUAUUGCUCUUUUCUUCGUUCCCCUUUCUUCUCCAUCCUCUUCUUUUGUUUCUUUCUUUUGUACGACGGAUAUCACUCUAACGAAUGAUGACAUCAAUCUACUCCAUACACGAUAAGUUUUUAUGCGAUUUAUAUAUAAAAUAUUGACAUGGCAGGGGGAAGGGAAUCAAUUUUCUUACGAAUAAGAGUUAUUUGUAAAUGUAUAACCUAUGAUUUAUGUAACAUCUGCCUAUCUACAGAACAUACGAUUCGGAAAGAAGCAGAUGCAUCUUCCGCCGUGUGUGGUUUACAUUUGUAAGAUAUGAAAUCUGUGACGAGGGUUCCUCUUCUCUGAGAUUUUCAUUUCCGUUACAAACACUACAUUCCACUUGCGCUAUUUUCCAUUUCCGUCCUUCGUUGAAUCGAUCCUAUAUAAUACGAUAUAAAUCGGAACUUUUUAUUCACGAUUAUAUAUCUCGCUUUGUUACAUGUAUGUAUAAUUGUGUCUCUUAUCUUCCCCGAACGAAUCACUCCAUUAGAGAAACUAGAGAUAUUUGUAGAGAUGUUACAUGAUUACAAUGACGAAAAAUAAUGAAGAUCCUUGCCUAUAUUCGUGAUACUUUUACGGAAGAUAUCACAAGACAUGCGGAAAAGAAUGCCUUCUAAUGAGAAUUCUGUAAGAAACGCUAUCGACCGCCGCGCAGAUAAGAUUUCAAUGCAAUACGAUUUAGUACAGAAGCACACGAGUAACAUGUAUAUGCCAAUUAACAUUUUGUAUUUAUUAUCUGUACUAAUGAAUAUAGAGAGACGUACAUAUAACACUCACUAUUAUUGUAUGGGUACAUCCAGAUGUGCGAUUCAUUUGGAAAAUAUUCAUACGUGUUAAAUCAAAGUAAUUGUAGCUGUAGGGUGGGGGUAGGGAGGGGGCAUGACCGAGUGGUUUUCGUUGAAAAUGUGUUACUGGUACGUUUCGAGAUCUCAAUGUAGUGUUUUGCAAGAGAUUUUCACAGGAGAUACUCCUUAUACAGCAUAAGAAACAUUUUUUAUUCAUCCUCGGAAUUGCGCUGGCAGAAAUUAGAAAUCCUCGGAAUAGUAUCGUCCCAUCUAACGUUUUUAAUACAUAUAAAAUGGGCCACAGGAAAGUUCACGAUAUAAUAUCUAAAAAUGUUUAUAUUAAUUUGUGUUACAUAUAUAAAUCUUCCAUUCACGAUUCAGUUAUUGCCACCACGUUAAAAGAUCACUGUACGUACCAGUUUCGAUGACAAAAUGCAUAAUUUAUGGUGAAACUAUAAUUACUUUAUACACCACCGUUCCUGCGGCGCACUCUAUUUUUAGCCCCUAACGAGGGCUGUAACUGGAUUCAGUCGCGCUCCAUAGAUACAAACAUACAAGGUAAAAAGAAGCAUAUACAGAAUCUUGAGGUACACUAAACCUACUUAGUAUUAAUGGAUUCAAAGCGGAGAGACAGUGCAGACUGGAAAUUUGUUUUGUUGAUUACUUGUAGGUAUUAUACACACAAAUACAUACAUACAUUGCACACGCAACAUAGACACCAUUGCAGUCGCAGUGAAUUUAGGAGAGUGUCAUAUCUCGCCGUGAUAGAUAUUCUUUUUCAAAUUCUCUCUCUCAUGAGUAUAUAAAAACCUCCCUUCCGCGAGAAGCACAAGGAACUUUGAAGUACGAUAUAUCAUCCUCCUCCUCAUUAUUACCUUUUCCACAGUUUUUUAUAUUAAAAAAUAAGGCCGUCGCAAGUUGUAAGCACUGCGUUCCUCCAAUGCAUACAAUAAUUUCUUGCGUAUACAGACGAAUUUGAUCGUCAAGAAAUCGGUUGUGUACAUUUACUGAUGCGAUACAUUGAUAGCACUCGAUAGAAGCGAAUAAUAUCGAAUAGUUUGUUAAUUCGUUUCACAGCCGAGGUGACACAAGUCCAUUCCGAUUCAUUUCCCAAAUGCAUUGCUUCCACAUGGUGUAUACAUGGUGUUACAGUGAAAGCGAUUGAUCGUUUGUAUGAAAUCAACGAUAAUUUUGUAGAGAUAUGUCGAUUAAUCACUUUCGUCCCGUUCGUAACAUAUAGAUAUUAUAUACAUAGACGCAACAAUUAUAUAGAUAUAUUAAUUAGUUAUAGAUUUUGUACAAACAGACACGUACGUCGCCAAGUCUCGUUCGCAGCGAGCCCAGUGCCCGCCUAAACUGCAUUAUACAAGCCCCCUAUCCCUUCCAUGUUGAUUUAAAUACGCGUUACAUACAUGAUUUGGUUUAUCGAUUAAGAAGAAGGUGAUUGAUCUUUAAAUAAAGCCAACGGAUACACUUAUCGGUCGUUUCUCGAUCUCAACGAGUGCUCUCAAGGUACACUUUUAUGAUAUCCCAAUUAUUACACAAAUGUACGUCCGGAUGAAAAGUCUGCCAAAGAUAGAUUGUAUGAUUGAACAUCACCUUCGUACAUCAAUGGUUUAUUGUUGUUCUUUGCCAACAAAAUGAGAAAUUAUUCAAGAGGCGCUCGCGCGUGAAACAGGAGGAAAGAAAAAGCUUGGACUGAGAAUUUCUGCCCGCGAAAUUACAAGGUAUCGAUUUUCCGUUUUUUUUUUUUUUUUCAAAAUACAAUAUUAUUAAUAAUAAGAAAAAAAAACGGACGGAAAGCUGUUGUAGGUUAUUCGCCAUGUUUUCAUAACGAGAGAUCCAUGAGUGGAUAUAUUAUGAUAAAGUUUACAUGAAUAUUUCGCAGGAGGACGCUUCGUGCGCGCGCGCGUUCGUUCCCGUUUCUCGCCGACACGUUGAUCGACACGCGCGAUCGUGUAGGUGCGCGCGAGCCGUUACUGUGACAUUCACUCGACGAAAUCAGUGGAGCCGCUGUUCUCUCGAACACGAGAGUAGCUUCGUCCCGAGCGCUCUCUAGAACGCUUGCGCGCGCGAUGCGUUCGUCGACACUCUCGACCCUCUCUCGCCGGACAAUGCGAUGCGACGUGAUUACGGAUCGAUCGGGCCGCGCGGAGAGAGAGUCGACGUGAUCUUACUUCGCGGACGGUCGUAGGCAGUCGCAGCGUACGGUGCGCGUUGUGUGCAAGAAAGGCAUUUCCUGCGGGCGAUUCUUUCUCUUUGAAUGGACCGCUUUAGCUGGGAAAUCCGCCGCGAUCGGGUUAAAGGUCCCCUCGCCUGAUUUACCGUUCGUUGUCGCGAGAACGGGCGAGUCGUACGUUUCGCCUACAUGAAAAUGUCGAUCGCGCCUUCUGACCUGGCAGCGGAUUGGUUUGCUCGUUUAUUAAGGAUUCUUACAAAUAGGAUACCUCCGAAUAAGAGAGAAAGAGAGAGGGAGAGAAAGGUAAUGUUAAUCGAAAAUCAUCCUUGAGCGAGAGAUGCUCUGUAUCAAUAAAUAAUGUGUAACGUUGUUUUAACACAACGUGAUAGAGAUACGCAAUUGUACAAGCAUGUUUACUAAAUAUUAAAGUCAGCAUUGCCGCGAGGCAAGCAUCAGAUCUGCUAGUGUUGUCCCGAAUUGAUGAGUUUUAAAUGUCAUACGUUUGCGGCAUUUGAAAUCUUAAGGUGACUCGAAUAAAAAUGCCGUCUCUAUUCCAAAGAUUCGUCAUUAUGUACAACGGCCAAAUAGAAAAUGGAAAGCGUAGCGUGGAAAGGUUCGAGCGAGCGAGCGAGAGAGAGAAUUGUCCUAGUACUCCGCGCACGAUCGGCGUCAAUCGGCGAUGAAUAUACCACACCUCGCACGAUUGCUCGACGAGCGAAAUACUUUUAGUAGAAUAGACUUUGUAUAUUUAUUUCUUUCUUUCCUUACCUAUGGCAAUAUGUAAUUUUAUAUAUACCGCGUGCGAGACCGCGCUCAAAUUGUAAUCUUGUAAAAUAUAGAAACGUAUAUACGCU